CACGUGGUCACGUGACGCGCUCCAACAUGGCGGCGCCGUGGAGCCGCGGCGUCGCUUCCUGACGGGGCGGCGCGCACGGACUCGGCCGGUGCCGGCAGGGACGCGGGGACCCUCGCCUCGCUCGUCCGUCCACUCGCUUGUGUCGCGCGCCCGCGGGGCUGCCAGCCCCCGCUGGGCCGGGGCCAUGCAGGAGAGCCAGACCAAGAGCAUGUUCGUGUCCCGGGCCCUGGAGAAGAUCCUAGCCGACAAGGAGGUGAAGCGGCCCCAGCACUCGCAGCUGCGCAGGGCCUGCCAGGUGGCGCUCGAUGAAAUUAAAGCAGAAAUAGAGAAGCAGAGGCUCGGCGCUGCCGCACCACCGAAAGCAAACUUCAUUGAAGCUGACAAGUAUUUCCUUCCAUUUGAGCUGGCUUGCCAGUCCAAGUCCCCCCGGGUGGUCAGCACGUCCCUCGACUGCUUGCAGAAACUCAUCGCGUACGGGCACAUCACGGGCAAUGCCCCCGACAGCGGUGCCCCGGGAAAGCGGCUCAUCGACAGGAUUGUGGAGACCAUUUGCAAUUGUUUCCAGGGCCCUCAGACUGAUGAAGGGGUUCAGUUGCAAAUAAUUAAGGCCCUGCUGACGGCAGUGACUUCUCCGCACAUUGAAAUUCAUGAGGGUACCAUCCUGCAAACAGUGCGGACAUGCUACAAUAUCUACCUGGCCAGUAAAAACCUCAUCAAUCAAACCACCGCCAAGGCCACCCUCACCCAGAUGCUAAACGUCAUCUUCACCCGCAUGGAAAACCAAGUGUUGCAAGAGGCCAGAGAAUUGGAAAAACCAGUCCAGUCGAAGCCCCAGUCCCCCGUGAUCCAGGCCGCAGCAGUGUCCCCCAAGUUCAGUCGCUGGAAACAGAGUCAGGCACAAAGCAAACCGACCACUCCAGAAAAGGCAGAUCUAACCAACGGGGAACACGUCGGGGAUGGUUCUGGGAGAGUGAGUGCCGAAAACGGAGACCCACACAGAGACAGAGGCGUGUCGCUCUCAGGCCUGGAGGACGGAGCCCAGGAGGUGGUGAAGGACAUCCUAGAAGACGUAGUCGCUUCGGCUGUGAAAGAAGCAGCGGAAAAGCAUGGUGUGACAGAACCCGAGAGGGGCUUGGGAGCCCUGGAAGGCCAGGACAGUGGCGGUCCCCCUGGGGUUGAUGAGAACUCACAGACCAACGGCAUCGCAGACGACAGGCAGUCCCUGUCAUCAGCAGAUAACCUGGAAUCAGACGCACAAGGACACCAGGUGGCAGCUAGGUUCUCCCACAUUCUGCAGAAGGACGCCUUCCUCGUGUUCCGCUCCCUGUGCAAGCUGUCCAUGAAGCCCCUUGGGGAAGGUCCUCCGGAUCCGAAAUCCCACGAGCUGCGCUCCAAGGUGGUGUCGCUGCAGCUGCUCCUGUCCGUGUUGCAGAACGCUGGCCCUGUCUUCCGGACUCACGAGAUGUUUAUCAAUGCAAUCAAGCAAUAUCUCUGCGUGGCCUUGUCCAAAAACGGCGUCUCUUCGGUGCCUGAUGUCUUCGAGCUCUCUCUCGCCAUUUUUCUUACUCUUCUUUCAAAUUUCAAAAUGCACUUGAAAAUGCAAAUAGAGGUCUUCUUCAAAGAGAUUUUCCUGAACAUCUUAGAAACAUCGACGAGUUCUUUUGAGCACAGGUGGAUGGUCAUUCAGACUCUGACGAGGAUCUGUGCAGAUGCCCAGUGUGUUGUGGAUAUCUAUGUCAACUAUGACUGCGAUUUAAAUGCUGCUAACAUUUUUGAGCGCCUUGUAAAUGAUUUGUCGAAAAUCGCUCAGGGACGAAGUGGGCACGAGCUGGGCAUGACACCUCUGCAGGAGCUCAGUCUGAGGAAGAAAGGCCUGGAGUGCCUCGUGUCCAUCCUCAAGUGCAUGGUGGAGUGGAGCAAAGACCUGUAUGUGAAUCCCAACCACCAGACCAGCGUGGGUCAGGAGAGGCUCCUGGAUCAGGAGAUGGGGGACGGGAAAGGCCUGGACAUGGGCAGGCGGAGCAGUGUGACGUCCAUGGAGUCCACAGUGUCCUCCGGGACACAGACAGCCAUUCAGGAUGACCCGGAGCAGUUUGAGGUCAUCAAGCAGCAAAAGGAGAUUAUUGAGCAUGGCAUCGAGCUAUUCAACAAGAAACCCAAGAGGGGGAUCCAGUUUCUCCAGGAGCAGGGCAUGCUGGGAACGUCUGUUGAUGACAUUGCCCAGUUCCUACACCAGGAGGAGCGCCUUGACUCUACCCAGGUAGGAGAUUUUCUGGGAGAAAGCACGAGGUUCAACAAGGAGGUGAUGUAUGCCUACGUGGACCAACUUGACUUCUGCGAGAAGGAAUUUGUCUCAGCCCUGAGGACAUUCCUGGAAGGUUUCCGUCUACCUGGGGAAGCCCAGAAGAUUGACCGGUUAAUGGAAAAGUUUGCCGCAAGAUACAUAGAGUGCAACCAAGGGCAGACGCUGUUUGCUAGUGCCGACACGGCCUAUGUCCUCGCAUAUUCCAUCAUCAUGCUGACCACAGACUUACACAGUCCUCAGGUAAAAAAUAAGAUGACAAAAGAGCAAUAUAUUAAAAUGAAUCGAGGCAUUGACGACAGUAAGGAUCUGCCGGAAGAAUACCUCUCCGGCAUCUACGAGGAGAUAGAAGGCAAGAAGAUCGCCAUGAGAGAGACCAAGGAGCACACAAUUGCAUCCAAAUCCACUAAGCAGAGUGUAGCUAGUGAGAAGCAGCGGCGGCUGCUCUACAACCUGGAGAUGGAGCAAAUGGCAAAGACAGCCAAGGCCCUGAUGGAGGCUGUGAGCCACGCCAAAGCCCCUUUUACGAGUGCCACUCACCUGGACCACGUCCGGCCCAUGUUCAAGCUGGUGUGGACUCCGCUGCUGGCAGCCUAUAGCAUCGGCCUGCAGAACUGUGAUGACACGGAAGUGGCCUCCUUGUGCCUGGAGGGCAUCCGCUGCGCUAUCAGAAUCGCCUGCAUCUUUGGAAUGCAGCUGGAACGAGACGCCUACGUUCAGGCCCUUGCUCGCUUCUCCCUACUGACAGCCAGCUCCAGCAUCACCGAAAUGAAGCAGAAAAACAUCGACACCAUCAAGACGCUCAUCACGGUGGCUCACACAGAUGGCAACUACCUGGGGAAUUCCUGGCACGAGAUCCUGAAAUGCAUCAGCCAGCUAGAACUCGCUCAACUAAUAGGAACUGGUGUGAAGACCCGCUACCUGUCUGGGUCUGGCCGGGAGAGGGAAGGGAGCCUGAAGGGCCACACACUGGCAGGAGAGGAGUUCAUGGGCCUUGGCCUGGGUACUCUGGUGAGUGGUGGAGUGGAUAAAAGGCAGAUGGCCAGCUUCCAGGAGUCUGUCGGGGAGACCAGCUCGCAGAGUGUGGUUGUAGCUGUGGACAGAAUCUUUACUGGAUCUACCAGACUGGAUGGAAAUGCAAUAGUUGACUUUGUCCGCUGGCUGUGUGCUGUGUCCAUGGAUGAACUGGCUUCCCCCCACCAUCCUCGCAUGUUCAGCUUGCAGAAGAUCGUGGAGAUCUCAUACUACAACAUGAACCGCAUCCGGCUGCAGUGGUCCCGCAUAUGGCAUGUGAUUGGCGAUCACUUCAAUAAGGUGGGUUGUAACCCCAAUGAAGAUGUGGCUAUUUUUGCUGUGGACUCAUUAAGGCAACUCUCCAUGAAGUUUCUUGAAAAGGGUGAAUUAGCCAACUUCCGUUUCCAGAAAGAUUUCCUGAGGCCCUUUGAGCACAUUAUGAAGAAAAAUAGGUCCCCCACCAUCCGGGACAUGGUGAUCCGCUGCAUUGCCCAGAUGGUGAACUCCCAGGCAGCCAACAUCCGCUCCGGCUGGAAGAACAUCUUUGCCGUGUUCCAUCAGGCCGCCUCUGAUCAUGACGGGAACAUUGUGGAGCUGGCGUUCCAGACCACGGGCCACAUCGUCACCAACAUUUUCCAGCACCACUUCCCUGCCGCCAUCGACUCCUUCCAGGACGCGGUCAAGUGCCUGUCAGAAUUUGCCUGCAAUGCCGCUUUCCCUGACACCAGCAUGGAAGCCAUCAGACUCAUCCGCUUCUGUGGCAAAUACGUGUCGGAGAGGCCUCGGGUGCUGCAAGAAUACACAAGUGAUGACAUGAACGUGGCUCCUGGCGACCGAGUUUGGGUCCGAGGCUGGUUCCCCAUCUUAUUUGAGCUCUCCUGCAUCAUCAACAGGUGCAAGCUGGAUGUGCGGACGAGGGGACUCACGGUCAUGUUUGAGAUCAUGAAAAGCUACGGCCACACAUUUGAGAAGCAUUGGUGGCAGGACCUGUUCCGAAUUGUGUUUCGAAUUUUCGACAACAUGAAGCUGCCUGAGCAACAGUCGGAGAAAUCUGAGUGGAUGACAACAACCUGCAAUCAUGCACUUUAUGCUAUCUGUGACGUGUUUACACAGUUCUAUGAAGCGUUGAAUGAAGUCCUUCUUUCUGAUGUGUUUGCACAAUUGCAGUGGUGUGUGAAGCAAGACAAUGAGCAGCUGGCUCGGUCUGGUACAAACUGCCUAGAGAACCUGGUGAUCUCCAACGGGGAGAAGUUCAGUGUCGCUGUGUGGGAUGAAACGUGCAGCUGCAUGCGGGACAUAUUCCAGACAACCAUCCCACACGUUUUGCUGACGUGGAGGCCUGCAGGAAUGGAGGACGACUCGACAGAAAAGCCCUGGGACAUCGACCUUGACCGCCAGUCUCUAAGCAGCAUUGACAAAAAUGCCUCUGAGAGAGGCCAGAGCCAGCUCUCCAACCCAACCGAUGACAGCUGGAAGGGCAGACCGUAUGCAAAUCAGAAGCUGUUUGCCAGCCUCCUCAUUAAGUGUGUGGUCCAGCUAGAGCUGAUCCAGACCAUCGACAACAUUGUGUUCUACCCUGCAACAAGUAAAAAGGAGGAUGCUGAGCACAUGGUUGCUGCCCAGCAAGACACACUGGACGCAGACAUCCACAUAGAGACAGAGGAUCAGGGCAUGUAUAAGUACAUGUCUUCCCAGCACCUCUUUAAGCUGUUGGACUGCCUGCAGGAGUCCCAUUCCUUCUCGAAGGCCUUCAACUCCAAUUACGAGCAGCGGACCGUCCUGUGGCGAGCAGGUUUUAAGGGCAAGUCUAAACCCAAUCUCCUAAAACAAGAAACCAGCAGCCUGGCCUGUUGUUUGAGGAUCCUGUUUCGAAUGUAUGUGGAUGAAAACCGUAGGGAUUCCUGGGAAGAAAUACAGCAACGACUUCUAACGGUGUGCAGUGAAGCGCUUGCCUAUUUUAUCACAGUGAACUCUGAAAGUCAUCGGGAGGCCUGGACAAGUCUCCUGCUGUUACUUCUAACCAAAACCCUCAAGAUAAAUGAUGAAAAGUUCAAAGCACAUGCUUCAAGGUACUACCCCUACUUAUGUGAAAUUAUGCAGUUUGACCUGAUCCCCGAGCUCCGAGCAGUGCUGCGCAAGUUCUUCCUACGGAUAGGUGUAGUCUACAAGAUAUGGAUUCCAGAAGAGCCACCGCAGGUGCCGGCGACACUGUCACCAGCGUGGUAGCUCUGGACCCCGCGGCCCACUCCUGCAGCUCUGCAGCUCAUCCCAGCGGGUCAGACGGGGACACCAGGUCAAAGGUCGCCCAGGAACGAGGGGCCAGCGUGUCUGCUUGGCUCUCAGGAUGGCCUGGAGAAGGAUGACGACCUCUGUGCUGGCCUCAUCCACAUCCCCGACCAAGGCUUGUGGUGUGUCAUUCACUGUCACCUCCCGGGCAGCUUUGCUCGUCUCUGCUGUUUCAUUUCACUGAUUGAACUGUCCAGUCUGUCCUCGUACAUGCCGUCAUCUUCCAACAGAGUCCGUGAUUGGCUGGCAGCGUUGCGUCAGAGGAAGCCCUCGCCUUGAAGAUCCUGAACUUAGCUGUAUAGGUUCACGGUUUCUUAGAGAGUGUGUUAAUAAAACUUUCUUGUAGCAGCGACCUGCCCCCUAACACA